CCUCAAUAUAUAAGCCAUCUAUUCAUAGCAAUGCCUACCUUCGCCUACCCCUACUACUCACCACCACCACCAUCCCCACCAUCAUCUAUACACUUCCCUCCACCUCCCAUUCCAUCGCUGCCACCACCUUCAAGGUGGGUCCCACCUCCACCACCUCGCAAAAUGGCCCCGCCGCCACCCCACAUUGCGCCUCCACCGCCACCCGGACCCCACCACACCGUCAUAAUCAUCGUGUUUGCGUCACUCGGCGGGCUCUUCUUCCUCGCGUUCCUCGCCGCCGCUCUCUUCUGCUUCCUCGACAAGAAGAAGAAGAAGAAGAAGAUGGUCCACGAGGAAGAUGUGGUUAAUGUCACAGACCAUGUUCAUGUGCACAAGACUAUGGUACCGGGACCCCAUGGAGAGCAAGUUGUGGCGAUGACUGUCGAUGAAGAUUUCAACAUUCAAGGGAUUCUGAAGAAGAAUGAGGUUCAGACUCUAGAGAAAGGUUUGGGAGUUGGAGUUGUGGCAGAACCAAGAGGUUUGAAUGGUGAAUCUGUUGGAGCGCAGCCAAGUUGGUCUACGACUUACUGAUCAUUGAGGAUAUGCGUGUUGAGAUGCACUGUCAUGUUGUUAAUUCAUUGGUUCGAUGCUACUAGGUGCAUGCAUGAUUGGAGCCUGUUAAUUAAUUCAUGUGUUGUACUUAGUGGAAUAAAAAAAAUUAUUUGAUGAUA